UUCCGUCGUUUGUCCCUUGCGUCGCGCUGUCAUGACGUCACGAGUCACGUUUCUGAAUGUGCGGACGUGAUCAGCAGAAUCUGGUGAAGACAAACAGGCAUAAAGUGAAGUGGACCUGUCUGCACCGUUAUGGCGAGUGUGCUCUGCAGGAGGGCCAGACAGGUGUGCCAGUCAUCUGUGGUUCACGCAGUGACUCAGAGAAUGGCGACAGUGAGAGGAUUUUCAGCAGCUGGAUCAUCUGGUUCAGAUGAGCCAUAUAUAGCUUUACCAUCUCAAGACUCAGGUCCCAGAACAGUAUGGCCAGAUGAAAUGAUGGGUCCUUUUGGGCCUCAAGACCAACGCUUCCAGUUGCCAGGCAACGUGGGCUUCGACUGUCACCUUAAGGGCACAGGGUUACAGAAGAGAGGGCCAGUACAUCGGACCGUCCCGGAUGUUCUGUCUGCCCCAUCCAGCACAGAGAGGCACGAGUUUAUACUCGCACAGUUUGUUAAUGAAUAUCAGGGUAAAGAAGUUUCUCUCAUGGCACAACGAGUCAGCAAAGCAGAACACUAUUUUAAUCACUCAAAUGUUGUAUGUUCCAUGCAUUCCUGCCCAGAGUUGCUAAAGAAAGAGUUGGAACUAUUUUUUCCUGUACUUCCUCCAAGUCCCAUUACGGUUGUCACGGUAACACAGAGAAAUGAAACAGUGGACACAGAGGAACUGGAAAGAGAUCACAAACAACUGCUAGAUAAUUUUGUCAGUGGUGCUAAAGAAAUCUGCUUCACACUGUGGAGAGGAGGCUACUGGGCAGAUUUCAUCAACCCGUUAUCGGGGAAAGCUUUUUUUGGAGACCAGACACAGGAUUAUAUUUUGCAUGAAGACGUUCGCCGUCAUGCUGGCUUUCACAUUGAGGACCUGGCAUCCUGUACCGUCAUACGUCAUGUCUUAAAGGGGACACCAUCAUUUGUGUUAACGCUGAUCACUAACGCACCUUCCAACAGUCUGAUUAUGGAGAAACUUCAAGGGCACUCCACUGCUUCACAGGAAGGGGACUGACAGACCCUUUUUAAACUUGAACAGUAUCCCAAACUGUUUCUUAACAUUUAAUUUCAAGAGAUUUUAAUGAAAACUUGCCAGUUUUGACGUUACAAAAUGCACACAACAAAAAUGCAAUUUAUUUAUAAAAUAUGAACACUUAAAACAUGCAGUAUUGUCUAACCAACACACCGUAAAACCAACCAGAUGAAACCACAUGGUGCUUAACAAAACUAUCAGCCUUUAUCUUCACGCCGUUGACUUGAGAGAGCGUAUUGUUGGUAAAAUGUCGUCUAGAUUCUGGACAUCUGAAAAA